GUUGUGACUGCUCGCUGUAAGGUUUUGUGACUUACCAUAAUUUUGAUGCCAGCAUAUCACCGGAGAGCUCAAGUCGUUGGAAAUGGAAGCACCAAACGGGUUCCUCUCGAAGCACCCUGAGAAGGCGGAGCACAACCAGUACUGGUACAGCCACUACACCAUACAGAAGAUUGUAGAGGAGCUGCAGGCAUCUGCCGCCAAGGUUGCGUGUCUGUCCACACCCUCCAUCUACUUCUCAAUACCGGCUGGCUCGCCGCUUCGCCAGGCGGCCUGGCUGCUGGACUAUGACGACCAGUGGGCAGCCGACCCGCACUUCUUCAAGUACGACUUCAAGCAGCCGGAGGCGCUGCCGGCCCACCUGCGCGGCGCCUUCGACUGCGUGGUGAUCGACCCGCCCUUCAUCACGAGGGAGGUGUGGGCGCUGUACGCGCAGGCCGCACAGCUGCUGCUGGCGCCGGGGGGCAAGGUGGUGGGCACCACUGUGGCCGAGAACGGACCCAUGUUGGCCGAGCUGCUGCCGCCCGGCCCUGACCCCGCCGGCUUCGGGCUGCCGGCGGUGCAGGCCGCCGCGUUCCGGCCCUCCAUCCCGCACCUCAUCUAUCAGUACAACCUGUUCACCAACUUCAAGCCCGCGGUGCUAUGCGAGCCCAACCCGGAGAUCCCGCCUGAUGACUGAGAGGCCCCUUGGCGCCGUGGGGCCACCCAAGGGGAUGCAAUGGUUGGGGAUACGCAGAACAGUGCAUGCGCAGGUUUGGCGCAUGUAUACCGGCGUCGGGGAUGGUGCUAGAUCUGAAUAAUGCUGAUGGUUGAUGCUCAAUUGCUCAUACGACGGAAAGUGCACACUUUCCUUCCAGUGGAUUAGUGGGCGAACGGGGACAUUAUGUUGGUUUGUUGGCUUCAUGUGUUCGGGGUUGGGAUGCUGGGAACACAGGACAAGAAGCGCGUGCGCAAACCCAGACACGCAUGCAAGUGGGCUGCUCCAAGAGAGCAUUCCCUUGUGAGACGCGCAACCCAUUGACGGUGCACCAAAGGCACGCCAGUGUGCUGCAGCUGACGCGGUGUUUUUGGGCUGAGCCCCCCCCCCAAACGAUUCAUGGGGGCGAAGCCCCCCAGGAACGCCCCUGUCCGUGCGUGCGUGCGUGGGUCGGCACCACACCCAGCCCAUUUACCUCUUGCGGGGGAGAACACCUUUCUUGUCCCAUGUUUCAUUGGCGCUCGGGCCUCAUUUGCAUGAGCCUGCCCGACUUCCUCCCACAUCACAAGAGUCGCUAGCGCACGAAGCAGGCUUCUACAAUGCCAUGCGCGGGGGCGGCUGAGCGGUGUCUGACAGGAAGUUGAGCAUUGAAGCCGGUCAGAGCCACCUCGUUACCCACGAGAUGUGCGGGCAUUUGCACCGCAGGUGGCUCCCGGUUGGUUGUUUAAGUAGACCGGGUGUGUUGAACAGCAGCCCGUGGGGCGCUGGGUGCGUCCCGGCUGGAGCCGGGAUAACGGUGCUGGGGGCCGAGGGCGCGCCCCCACACCGCCAGCACCAGCGGCGGCCGCAAGUGUCAGAUAAGGUGGCUGUAGGGACACGCGCGGUAAGACCCCCCGCCCCAGAUAGUAUUUGCCAAUCGAGUUUGGACAAAUGGGGCGGAUGUGUCAUGGUACGCCUCCUUCAGGCUUCAGGCCUUUGCCCUCGAGACCCUGUGCUUUGCUGGUCAGUCCCCCCCGAGUCACCCGGUCCAGCCAGUACCGCAGUACCCAAAUGUAAAUUUGGACAGGU